GGGACGCUCCGGGCCGGCCAUGGUGCGGCUGCACGUCAAGCGCGGCGGCGAGAGCCAGUUUCUGCUGGAGGCGCCGGGCAGCACCCGCCUGGCCGAGCUGGCGCCGCUGGCCGCCCGCAUCCACAACGGGCGGCUGAAGGUGCAGCGCCUGUGCUCAGAGAUGGAGGAGCUGGCAGAGCAUGGUAUUUCCUUACCUUACAACAUGCAAGGACUGACAGAUGAGCAGAUCGAAGAGCUUAAGUUAAAGGAUGAGUGGGCAGAGAAGUGUGUCCCAAGUGGUGGAAGCGUCUUCAGGAAGGAUGAAAUGGGGCGAAGAAAUGGAUUUGCUCCAAAUGAAAAAAUGCAGCAAGUUAUAAAGAAGACAAUAGAAGAAGCCAAGGCGUUAAUCUCUAAGAAACAAGUUCAGGCCAAUGUGUAUGUUGAUAUGGAGACGGUCAAAGAUGCCUUGGAGCAGCUCCGAGGGGCUGUCACGAUUGUGUAUCCAAUGGGAUUGCCUCCACAUGAUCCAAUUAGGAUGGAGUUCGAAGAUAAAGAAGACUUGUCAGGAACUCAUGCUGGAACUGAAGUUAUAAAAGAAUCAGAAGCGCAGUUAUGGUGGGCCGGAAAGCAGUUAGAAGAAACAAAGUUGCUCUCUGACUAUGUAGGCAAAAAUGAGAAAACAACCAUCAUUGUCAAGAUCCAGAAAAAAGGACAAGGAGCUCCAGGGCGGGAGCCUGUGAUCAGCCAUGAAGAGCAAAAAGAGAUGAUGCUGUACUACUACAGGAAGCAGGAGGAGCUGAAGAAACUGGAGGAGGAGGACGACGACUCGUUUCUAAAUGCUGAGUGGGCAGACAACCAUGCUCUGAAAAGGCAAUUUCACGGUGUAAAAGACAUCAAAUGGGGUCCAAGAUGAAGGUCUGCAAACCCCUUCUUAAGCUGCUUGGUUGAUGCACUUGUUUGCAGCAAGGAGUUGUGUUGUGUGUGGUAGAUUCUUCUGACAGCAGCUGAAAUUGUCACUUCUGUGACCUUAGAUGUUCAAUAAAUGUUCGUAUUUCUCUUGACUGCAGCAGCACUUUCCUCUGCAAAGAAAUGAACAGAUUCUCUUGACGUUUGGUAUUUUAUUAGAGACUUGUAAUUUGGAUAUGGGAAUGUCAAUCUGUUUCAUAGAUAAGAGAUGUAGUAAAUAUGCACUGGAAUGUU